AAAGAAAAAAGAGCACACGAACCCUUAAAAUACGGCACGCGCCACACAAAUUAGCCACAGUUGAUACAGUGACAGUAGUCAAAGGCCUCGUGCACUUUUAAGAUUCGCGUGCGACUUUAAAACGCAGAAAGUCUUCCAGAACGUUUCAUCGGAGUGGUUUAGAAAUCAAGGGAAUUCUCCUAAAUAGUCCGUUCCGAAGCUUUGGCAAUCCUGACAGUGCGAUUAACAAGAUUCUAAUAUAACUGUAUUGAAGGUCAUCUCGAAAAUGCCUCGAUCAUUUCUUGUUAAACUGAAAAAGAGUAGUCCAAGCGGUUUUUGCUGGGAUGAAGCAGGUUGUGAUGUGCCGACGGCUCCGCCUAACGUUUGGGAACCAAUCCGCGUUGAAAUCGAGCCAGCACAGAUUUUUCAGCCGAUCAAGUUGGACCUCGCUACUCUCGACCCAGAAAUUUUAACUGAAAAAGGGCAGCUGAAACCCAAGGCAAGAUUUUUCAGUCCAUUCACUUUAAGUUCCUUUCAUCUUAAUGCUGAACAUCGUGGUAUCGGAGUUGGCAAGCCGUUGUACACAAAGGAUGAACCGUGCUCUUUCGACUCAAGAAACACAAGUCCUCUAAGCCUAGACGGUGCCCUUGUACCAUCGCCGACUCGAAGCGACGAUGGCUACCCAAGCGCGGGAAUCUUUAUUCCCGGAAGUGGUUUUCUAGGAAUAGAGAACACCAAACCUCCUUCUCUUCCUGCGGUCAGCUCUACCUCUAAUGCUGUUGGCCGAAAACGUCGUAAUGGCACUCCGAAGACCUUUACCUGCGAAGUUUGCGGCAAAGUUUUCAACGCACAUUACAAUUUGACCCGACACAUGCCAGUGCAUACCGGCGCCCGUCCAUUUAAGUGUAAAAUCUGCGGGAAGGGAUUCAGACAAGCGAGUACUUUAUGCCGCCAUAAGAUCAUCCACACAAAGGAGAAGCCACACAAGUGCAACAUCUGUGGCAAGGCAUUUAACAGAUCUUCCACGUUAAACACUCACAUCCGCAUCCACGCUGGUUACAAGCCGUUUGUGUGCGAUAUUUGCGGCAAGGGUUUUCAUCAAAAGGGCAAUUAUAAAAAUCACAGACUCACUCACACUGGGGAGAAGCCCUUCAAGUGCCACAUCUGCGGCAAGGCUUUCCAUCAAGUGUACAAUCUCACUUUCCACAUGCACACGCAUAAUGACAAGAAGCCAUUUACAUGCAAGGAAUGCGGCAAGGGAUUCUGCCGGAAUUUUGACCUUAAAAAACAUAUCCGCAAAUUACACGAGAACAAAGAGCAACGUGACAGAGUUGAACAAUAAACCACGCGUCCUCUGUUGUGUUGUUGAAAUCGCGAAGAAAAGAAGCGGGUACUUCAUAACGCGUGUAAUUCAUUGACUUGCGUUAUGUACAAAGUCUCAAAGAGUUUUAUUAAAAGACUGGAACACAGUGACUUUUAACAAUAAUAGACUGUAAACCAAGAUAGUUAAAGGCCAUGUGAAUGAUAACCGGUGUUAUGCAUAACGGCGCACACGUGGAAGAACAAUAGAAAGUUGUAAGCUUUAAGUGAGAAUAUGUACAUUAGUGAACAAUACCUGUGAAUAUAUAAAUAUGUUAAAAUAUUGGUUUAUAUACGAAUUCAAGGCAACAUCGCUAUAAAAACGUUAACCUAAUCGUGUGUAAAUAAUAUGAUACAAUCAAGUUUGACUAAGCAAUAAAA